AUGGCAGAAUUACAGUCGUCGAGUGACGGUACCGCUGUGUUCCAGCAGUUGGACAACUACGAUUGGGAUCACGACAAUGAAUUUCAAACUGCUCUUGCCUCCAUCCUAAGGUCUGCAACCACGCCCGAGCAGACCGCACAUUUGACCAUACGAGCUCGAUGCUACUAUUACACAAGGAAGUUCAAGACACCUGUCAACUUCGAGGCCUAUCAAACCUGGAUCCAGUCUCAACGUCAUGCUGCCUCUAAACCUCAAUCUGCAACCCCAGCUGAUUCGGCUCACCCUCCCUCUAUAGGAGAUGCUCCUCCACCAGUCUCUUUUGCUGAAAUAUGUGCACUCAUUGCAGAGGGUAAGCCGAUACCUGGUAUAAAGGACAUUCCUGAUACCAUUCUGGAAGGUCAAGGAACAGAGGCACAAGCCCCUCGCCGCAAGAAGCCAUGGGAAAAGGAUGCCACGGCGGCCCCGACUCCAAGCUGGGCAGCACGAAGCUAA